AGCGCGCCGGACGGUCUGUUUUCUGAGGUGAGUCGGCACCUAGAGGCGGCGGCAUUAGAGUCCGUUCGUGGACGUCACACUGACCCUUUGCAUCUUGCCCGUUUGACAUCCCUUCAGGGCGCAGAUGCAGGCGCGUGGCUCACGGCGGUCCCUUAUGCAGAUCCACUGCGCAUCCCGGAGGCGCAGUGGCAGGUGGCUUCAUGUUUUCGCCUUGGUCUGUCUAUCCCCCAGUUAGCCCUUACAGCCGGAGCCGAUGUUCUAUGCGUGCGUUGCUGAGACUUUCGGGCACUUGAGCGUGCCACUGCGAGAUUUUCUGGGGCUCUGCUCACAACGCAUAGCGACGCAGCGGCGGGACGCGGGUAGUGGGGAGGAGGCAUCGGCGCGGAUCUUUGAGUGCGCUCUCACCACGCGAGUUUCAGUGGCGCUGCAGCGUGCGCAGGCGAACAUUAUCACACAGCAUGCAGUGCGACAGCUGGGAGAGUCGGACGAUGCAUGGAUGCCGAUACCGGUACCGCUUGGCGCAGGCAGCUGGAGCGGACAUCACAUCAGUGGCUGCUUUGACAGUGUGGCCGAUAUGCAGUACCUGUUUGAUGGCUAUGUGUAGAUGAAAACAAGAGUAGGCUGUGCUUGAAACGCUGUGUCUGCGCUGUAGGCGCGGGUUGCUGCUUUGUCGUGUCCCUUGGACCCCUCCCUCCUUACAGUCACACCCCUCCUCUCUUCCACCUCUCUCACCUCCCUCUUUCUUUUCCCUUACUCCUAU